AUGCAUAAGAAGCAUCAGACCAAGUUCUUGUCACCAGAAGUAGCUGUAGAUACUACCAUGCUGCCAACGGGACUUCAGCUUUUGUCACCAACGCUGCAACAAUCAAUUGAAAGCGUAACGUCAAAAAGGACAUUGUUGUCUCAACGUGUCGAUCACUUUAAGUGGAGUACAAUUGACGCUGUUGGCAAUACGCCACUUUGUGUCAAUGCUGAAGACCAGGACGAGAAUGUAGAGAAUGAUUUGAAUUUGGUAGAGUUUGACUUUGACGGAUUUACGUUGGCAUCGUUGCGUGGAAAGAAGAGAAAGGUUGAAAAAAAUACAGCGAGAAUGGAUGACCAUCGAAACUCUUGUGUUUCACAUGUCGAUAGUAUUGAUCGCGAUGGAAAGCCGUAUCCUACUGCAGAUUGUGCAGUGUAUUAUGACGACUACUCCAAUUUUAACCCACUUAGCUCGAGCAUGAGCAGUGUCAUGACAACAAAUAGCACCGAAGAUUUGGCAAUGUCUCAACGACAGCGACAAUACUCAUUUAAUUCAAGAAUUCAACGUCGUUCAACUGAAGUUGUUCCUAGCCGGAAUGCAUUCCGGACGAGCUCAACUGCAGCGUCGGCUGGUUUUUUAAUGGCCAAGAAAAAAGCGAUGACAGCAGUAGUCAUGCGUGGUUGGAUGCAAAAGCGAAAAGGUCUUGUUCUGAAGCGUUGGAAAAAGUAUUAUUGUCUCUGGAAAAGCGACGACAGCCUUUGUCUGUAUGCGAGCGAGGACACAGUGAAUGGUCGACUGGAAGAGCGGUACCAAGUCUUACGAGUUGUGCUCACCGAUAAGAAUAAUUCGUUUCAUAUAAUUGGCGUGGACUCUGGAAAUGCACCUCGACGUGUGGAAUUUCGAGUUACAAUAUCAACAGAGUGGAUUCGUUGGUUUCAGGUACUUAAAAAGCUUCUCGACAAGUCAUCCAUGGAACAAGCACUGCUUAGUGAGCCCGGAGUUGUGUUUGCAAAGCCAUAUAACAAGGCUGAAGACGAUAGUUGCAUUGACUACAAUUGCGAGAGUGAUGCAUUGACCAACGCGAAACACAUAAAGUCUCACGACGGACGUCACAGUUAUUCUACUCAAAGUAAGCAGCUUACGACGGUGUCUUGUGCUUUCUACGGUGCGAAGAGGAAUGAGAAACUAUCUACACUCUUUUCUGGAUUAUCAGCUUUGAGUAUCAACGCCAGAAGUCAAACAUGUAAAGAAUUGAUCCCAUUCCAAAUGAAGUUUGGUGUGGAGACACGUGACUGUCAGAUGAUUGAAUGCAGCAAUGAAGAAACUGUACCGAUUUUGGAGAUCCGUGGAUCCGAGUCGAAUACUGCAGAUUACCUACAAGUUUUGCCACCUUCUUAA